AUGGAUGCAGAAAAUCAGAAGAUCAGUGCGAAGACACAGUGUGUGUUGGAUGCAGAAAAUCACUAUAACCAGUGUCUGGAUGAUUAUGUGAAACAGGCAGAGUGCGCUGACCUGCGCAGGAAGGAGAUGCAGCAUAAGAGGUGGACGGAACGGGUGGCUGAGCCACUACAGAAAACCAUAGAGAGCUACAUAGACAGCCAGACCAGUGAAGACAUAGAGAGGAGAAGGAGAUGGCUUCUAGAACAGUACUUGGAAUAUUGCAACAAAAGGGGUAAUGCAUUUAUGAAAGAUUAUGAUUCCUCCGAGUACGACCCGUUUAUUAAUCGCCUCUGCAAGCACUACCUCCGGGUUUCAACCCCAGUAUUUAAGGACCCUCUCCUCCAGCAGUACCAGAAGAGGUUUGAGGAAGAGAAGGUGGCUCUACACUGUGACACAGGCAGGCUGUAUUCAGCCAAUGAAAUCAAUGAGCUGAACCUGCAGAAACUUCCACGGGCUCCGCUGGGGCGCCAAACCAUGAAUGGGAUCAAGUGGUUGAAGACUCCAUUCGGUUACAUCGAAAGUGAUAUCAGGAUGAAGAGCAGACAGAGGGUGAGAGGAUCUGUUAACCAAGGAACUCUAGACUUCAAGACAUGGGCUGAUACCAAAUACCCACCUGAGAUCUUCAGCACUGAGAGGAACAUCUGUCAUAAGAGAAAGUUUUCAGUCAAGACAUCUUCCAUGCCAGUAUAUUCCAAGCAAUGUGGUCCGGAGCACACAGUCACA